AUACCCGAGGUGGAGGUGGCGCUGUGCCCACAGAACUUGCAUUUCACGCACAUAGGAAAAUUCCGCGCAAAGCUGUCCCCGAAAGCGACCCGUAACUUCUUCCUUCUCGCGGAUAAAGAUUAAAACCCCUCGCCCAAAAUUUCCACUUCCUCCCCUACUCCCCCAUAUAGAUAUCUACUUCUCAAGCUUCGCAGACAAACGCUUCCAUUUCAGAGAUGGGACAAGCUCUUGGUUGUAUUCAAGUGGACCAGUCCACUGUUGCUAUCAGGGAAACUUUUGGGAAGUUUGAUGAUGUGCUUGCACCUGGAUGUCACUGUUUGCCUUGGUGUUUUGGUAGCCAGGUAGCUGGUCGUCUCUCCUUACGUGUGCAGCAAUUGGACGUUCGUUGUGAAACAAAGACAAAGGAUAAUGUUUUUGUUACUGUGGUUGCUUCAAUUCAAUACCGAGCUUUGGCUGAGAAGGCUUCUGAUGCCUUUUACAAGCUCAGCAAUACCAGAGGGCAGAUCCAAUCUUAUGUCUUUGAUGUGAUUAGGGCAAGUGUUCCGAAAUUGGACCUAGAUUCAACCUUUGAGCAGAAGAAUGAUAUAGCCAAAUCUGUGGAAGAAGAACUUGAAAAGGCCAUGUCACAUUAUGGGUUUGAGAUAGUUCAAACACUAAUUGUGGAUAUCGAACCAGAUGAGCACGUGAAGAGAUCGAUGAAUGAGAUUAAUGCAGCUGCUAGGAUGAGGGUGGCCGCAAGUGAGAAAGCUGAAGCAGAGAAGAUACUACAGAUUAAGCGAGCUGAGGGAGAGGCAGAGUCCAAAUAUCUGUCGGGGCUUGGCAUAGCAAGGCAGCGCCAGGCCAUUGUGGACGGGCUGAGAGACAGCGUGCUGGCCUUCUCUGAGAACGUACCUGGGACAUCAUCCAAGGAUGUCAUGGACAUGGUUCUCGUGACCCAGUACUUUGACACAAUGAAGGAGAUUGGUGCAUCCUCAAAGUCCAAUUCGGUUUUCAUCCCACACGGACCAGGUGCUGUGAGAGACAUUGCGUCGCAGAUAAGAGACGGACUCCUUCAAGGAAGUUCGAUUCAGGAGUAAUGCCCUUGGGCGCGGCACUGAAUGCCAGCGCAGUUACGCUAGACUCGAAUUUGUGUGUGCUGUAGGAUCUAAGAGAGUGUGGACACUCUCACGUAUAUAAUAUGUAGGGUGAAUUUUCUGUGCUUGUUAAUAUCUUGGUUUUGAAACUCAAGGGUGUUGUUUCGACUUUAUAAUAUAGUCGAAGAAGCAAUUCGAACUAUUUAUCUUGCUCCAUUUGUGGUUUAAGGGUCUUUUUGAUAUUAUAAAAGAGAAAGGGUUUUUAUGAUGA